AUUGGAUCAAGCAUCAAUAUUUUUGACGAUUCCAUGUUUCGUUUCACCAGCGUUUCAACUUCGUUGGCGUUUAGCGCCACAGUGCUGAUUUGCUUCCUUCUGACUCAGGAGGUUCGAUCAGUGCGACCAUUCAAUGAAUUGCCCCCAGAAGAGGAGGUUCCAGAGGUUGUUCCUGUGACAAACACGAGUGAGACAAAGCGAUUCCCUCUGGAGCCAGGUGGAUCUCCGCCAGAGCCAGGUGGAUCUCCGCCGCCAGGUGGGCAUCAAGGUCCUCCAGCUCAGGGAUUUCAAGGUCCUCCGCCAGCUGGGUAUUAUCAACCAUAUGUGCAACCAGAUGGGUAUUUUGAGCCCAGCCCUGCGGCACCUGGGGCACCUGGUUAUCGUGGUCCACGUGGUGCUAAGUCACCACCUACAUCUUCUCCUGAGCCUCCUCCUGACAAGGCACGUUCCAAGGGCGAAGUCGUGGGGAUGACUGCCACAGUGAGAGAUCCGCAAGAAGGGCAGCAGUGGACCAUGGGAAAAGUCUCAAAAAUUACGGUGGAAGAACGCUUCAAAGCGUUUGAUCGGCCUGGUGUGAAACUGAAUUACCAUCAAGGAUUUGGGAGCGAGAUUAGCAAGUGGGAUUGUAAGGAAGAAGGUGCUUGGAGGCAAACCCGUUCGCUUCUUGAGAACGAGCCUAGGGUGUUCGUGAAAGAAAUUGACGGCAUCAAUGUCAUGGAUGCAGAUCCGCAAGUUGUUACAGAGCUUUGGGCUGCUCGCAUCAAUGGAACUGAGUCCUACACGGUGACUUUCACUACAGAGCCAGCAUAUGCAUCACUUUGUUGCUAUGUUGUCCUCUGUGUGCUGCCGUGGUUCUUUGCCUCUUUUCUGGCUUGCUGUACCUUGCCCUGCACGAUCUACAGGAUCUACAUGGAAGAAGCUUUCGAAGAGACCAGUUCCAAGAUGGUUGAAGGAUCAGACCAGGAACCAGUUCCAAGGUUUGAAGACUCAUUGAUGUCUCAGGUUGUUGAACAUCCUGUGACCAGGCUGAGCCUGGUCGCUUUUGGUUUUGGCAGCGUUCUCUUGGUCUUGAAGACCUACAUUGUCCUCGUCCCAAGAGCUCCAUCGACAAGUUUGAUAGUAGUGGCUCCGACCAUGCUGUUUUGUGGACUCACAGUGUUUGUGGCCAAAGGGGUGAAGGCAACAAAGGGAAAUGCACUCCUCAUGGGUGAAGCUUUGUGUCCUCAAGGGCUGACCCAGUCUUUGAAGGCAGAGAUCAGGUACAUGCUCUAUGCCUUAGCACCGUCUUUGCUCUUUGUCUAUGCCGUCAUGAUGUUGUGGCUUGGCGUUCCCUUCGCUUUGUGGUGGGAAUUCGGCAGCUCUCGCUCGAUGUUUAGCUGGAGGAUGUUCACACGCUACCGCUAUCCCUUGGCUUUUGGUCCACACCUGCUGGUGUUUACCUGUCUUCCUCACUUCCUGAUCAACUCGCACAUCCUGGCGAGAAUUGUGGAGGAGCAUGUGCGUGCAGUGACCAAGAAGAUUGAUGAUAUUCACUGUGUUGAAAAGGAGAAGAAGGGAGAGGGGCUGGAGCAGCUUCAGCUCAAAGUUAAGGAAAUCCAUCAUGCUUGCAUUCGACUACCUGUGGAUAUCCUUCCAAGUUUGGAUUGCAUGGUCCUGCCAACUCUCGGCUUUGCAGCCUGCAGUUGGGGUUGGGCAUUGAUGAGCGUUGUGAUGUUUGUCAGUGGAAAUGGUGGAGAUAUCAAAAACGCGAUGGACGUGCCUCUUGUGAUUGCAGGCACUUGGAUGGUUCUGAUAUUCUUGCCAUUGGGAGUUCUUUGCUUGUUGCCUCCAGCUUCCGUGUCAGAUGCCUUCGACCAGUUGCUUGACUCCCUGAACCGCCUCAGAGCUCUGGAGGGCAUGAAAGAUGAUGUCCAGGUCCGACUCACCGAAAGCUUCAUCAAGGAGUCGAACCGCGGUCAAGGCUUGGGUUUUGUCUUCUUUGGGACAGUCAUCCACACCCGCUUCAUCAAGGCUCUGUUCCUGAAGAUCGCCGCUUCUGCAUCGCUGCUCUUCUCCGUCUUCUACAAGGUCCUGGCCUCGUAUACCAUUGCCCGAAGAUUGCUCUCUGAAGUGCCUCCUGGAGUGCCUGACUGAGAGAGAUCCGGUCGCAGAUGAAAA